AGAGCGCGUGCGGGUGCAUGUGGGAGGUGGGACGCUGUAGGGAGCUGCGGGGCCGGCGGAGAGCGCUGCCGCCACUGCGAGCGUCACACCGCUGAAUGGGAAUCUCUCCGGCAACUCCCGCACACCCGCCGUCUCUCGUCAAGCGGCGCGUCUCGGACCGGACGUCCGCUUCCCGCGCACUUGUCCCCGCGGCAGCAUGCCCGCCAUCAAGAAGGAGCGCCCGGACGGCGACGACAUGGCUUCGGCCGCCUUCAACCGCUCCGAAUACUUGGCCCCUUUAAACGGCGCCGCUCUCCCGGUGGUGACCCCGCACCCGCCGCCUUACGAGCACAUUUUGGCCCACCACCGCGCGUACUUGGGGCUGCGCGACUCGACGCUGCAUCACCAGCACCUCCAGCACGCCGCGGACGACUUGAUGCUCGAGAGGUUCUCCUCCAUCCCGGACUUCCAGCCCUUCUUCGACAACGGCGAGCCCUGCAUCGAGGUGGAGUGCGGGGAAAACAAAGCUUUGCUAUAUAUCAACAAACUCUGCCAAGGCAGCAAGGGACCCUCCAUUAAAUACCGGGGCGAGUGGCUCACUCCCAACGAGUUCCAGUUUGUCAGUGGCCGGGAGACGGCCAAAGACUGGAAGCGGAGUAUUCGACACAAAGGGAAAAGUCUUAAGACGCUCAUGUCCAAAGGAAUCUUACAGGUGCAUCCUCCGAUCUGCGAUUGUCCAGGUUGUCGAAUCUCCUCUCCCGUGAAUCGGGGCCGCCUGGCUGAGAAGCGCACCAUCCCGCUGCCCCCCAACCGUGUGCCCAAGAAGGAGCUGGCCUCCAUCUUCAGCAGUGACGACAGUGAAGGGAGCGAGCGGGCCAGUGGGGAUCACGGCCUCAUCAAGCAGGAGGACGAACUUCAUUACAGUAUAGUGCGCAAGAGUCGUGACAGCGACCUCUCUACAAUCAUCUCCAACCUGCACCACAGCAGACAGCACGGCAUGCCCGAGGGCCAGUCAGCCUCCGACCACAAUGCCAGUACAGGACACACAGACGACCUUCUAGGCAAGAGGAGAAGCUUCUCUCCCAACAGCAGCAGCAACUCUCCCUCAGACAAUAAGAAGUCACGUAGCGUAUCCCCCAAAGAGACCGCACAGAGCCCAGAGGGGGAAGCAGGUGGCAGCCACAGUCACAUGAGCCCUGAGGAGCAUUACAGGCGCAUGAUGUCAGCGCUCAACGAGCAUGGAUCCUACGAGGAGCAGCAGCAACGCCUCUACCAGCUGGCCAGCAGCAUGGGACUGCCUGGACACGACGUGCUGCGCGCUCAGCAGGAAGCGUUGGCUGCGGCGGUGAGGAAUCCGGCGGCCUUAGAAGCUCACCUGCCCACGGGAGGCAGCUCCUCGUCAUCCAGCCAGAGACGCAAGCAGGGCCUACCGCAGCACCGGGAUGCACAUUACACUGACAGGGAACUGUCGCAACCUCCACCCCUCCUUUCACCUCCGACGGCCCCUCACAUCGCGUUAGGACCUCACUUGCGGGCUCCUUUCUUAGGCUUGCCCUCAGCUCUCUGCCAGGCCCCUGGCUAUGGUUUCCUGCAACCGGCUCAAGCUGAAAUCUUUGUGCGGCAACAGGAAAUGCUGAGGAAGCAGAAUUUAGCAAGACUUGAGAUGUCAGCCGAGCUACUGAGACAGAAGGAGUUGGAGAGUCUCCACCAGCGACAGCAGCAGCAACUGCUGAGCUCCGACCCGCUCGCCGCUCUCCCCGCCGGGCUGCCCUCGGACCACCCGGCCCUGCGGAGCCUCCAAGACAUCCCCGAGGGUCACCCGCUCCGAGAGGAACUGGCCCGCCGCUCGAAUGCCAUGAUGGUGCUCCGCCACGGGGCGACGGCGCCGCUCUUGAGCGUCAACCAGCAGCAGCAGCCGAAGACAUCGUCCGCCCACAAAGACGGCCAAGCGCAGAGCUCCGCGGCUGGCUCGGACGCUGAUUCUAGGACGGCCCUCCGCCGGGGCCCUCAGACUGAGCUCCGCGCCAGCCAUCACAAAAGAAGAAGAGAGGACAGAGGAAGCGAGGAAGACGAGGAGGACAUGAAUGACUCAGACAGCGAAACGGAAACGUGCGACGAGAGGCGGGAAGGCGCCGGUGCCAAGUCUCGGAGUAAACACAAGGACAGGGGGAGUAGAGAAAAAGACGGCAAGGGGGCGUGCAACGGUGCCAAGGAGAGCCGAGAAAGCUCGGACCGGCUCGGCGCCCCUUAUAGUUCUGUGGGCACCGACUCGCCUAGUCGCCACCUGUUCACCUCAGUGCUGGGAAAGGCGGAUGUCAAGCUCCAGUUUCCACCUGGAUUUGUGCCACCUCUGCCUGCUCUUCAAGGACAGUCGUUGCCCUUCGGAUUCCCCUACAUCAACCCUUACUUUCACAUGGGCUCUGUGGGAGGUCUUUUCAUGGACGGGGAGGACUCGGCUCCAGCAAACCCCGUGGAGGACAUAAGCAAGUGGAGUGUGGAGGACGUGUGCGGCUUCAUAAGCAGCCUGGCCGGAUGUGCUGAAUACGCUCAGGUGGCGCGGCGCAUCGGCAGGCUUUUCUACAUGACCGGAUUCCCGCUGGCGUUCCCGUUCCCGCCGUCAGCCACCCUGCGCCCCUCAGAGCGAGACGGCGAGCCUCCGGGCGCGCCCGCCGACACCCCGUCCUUGCCCCUCUGCCUGCUCCAGAGACCCGCGUCCGCAAGCGGUAGCUCUUCUCCGUACAGUGGGCCCGCCCCGGGCAGCUCCUCGCUCAAGCAGGAAAAGGGGAACGGCUCCACGGUGGUGGGAAGAUAAGGGCUCCCUCAUCAGGGGGUUCAUUUGAACUUCUAGGCCUUAAAGCAGAAAUUCAUGGGACAGGAAAAAAAAGGCGAUAUGAAGGAUGACGCGGACUAUAACCGGCAAACCAAUCCGGCGGUGAGUUCCUGGCCGGCGGCUGUAUCCGAGCAGAAUCCAAAGAAAGUGGCUUGGGAGACGCACGAGGCGCAAAAAAGAGACAGCUGGUCACAGACGGCGUGCCAAAAAAGAGGCCGCAAACGUCACAUUCUUGCGGAAAGCCGGCCGUCCUUCCUUCUUCCCUUCCUUCCUGUGCUGGCUUCACCCCCCCCACCACCUUCUUUUCUGUACUUAUCCACUGCAAGCCCUGCACAAUCCAGGAAUAAGACUCAUCUCCCGCCUCCUCGUCCUCCUCAUCCUCCUCCUCCGGCCUCGGGAAGCGGUCAUCGCCGUCUUCGAGGCUGGAGCGGCGCCACGCUAAAACGAGCUCCGUCUUAUCGCAGCAACUAUGCAUUCCGCUGUCCCGAUACCAAAGAUGACCGGAUGAGUGGAAUUGAAACCGUGUUUCUGCUUCCGUUUGCAUGAAGGCUAUCGGAGAGAGAGAAAGAGAGAGGGGAACCGUGCUAGUGCCUCGACAUGAAGCACUCGACGGUAUUGAGAAGUGUUUGGGCCACACUGACAAGAAAAACAAAGCGCAAAUUGUAAUUUCACCGGACAAAGUAAGAAUUUGAGUUUUUGUUUUCACGGGCGUUACGGUUUCAUAUUACGAGAAAAAAGACAAAAUAAUCCAGGUGUAGUCUGCCCUGAGGUCGGUCUAGAAAACGGAUGCAUGAAUUACGAGAAAAAGAUGGCAAUAUUAUGAAGAAUAAUAGUCGGAUUAUGACAAAGGUCAAACGUCACAAAAAUAACAAGCAACAAGCUGUAACUGUACAAGACAAAACAACCUACGGUAAUUUUCCAACCAACAAUGUCCAAGUUUUUUUAACAAGUCCACUUUUGUGACAAAAAGUCCGAAUAUUACAAGAAAAAGUUAUAUAAAUAGAUAUAAUGACCUGCAACAUAUAUAAAAGGUAUGUUUCUGUUCAUUUCAUUCAUUUUUUCUUGUCAGUGUGGCCCUCAUAGUCCUUCAUACAACAGGAUGCGUGUGUUGCUGGAAACAAUAGCUGACAUCUUUGUACACUUGUGUUGACUACUGUGGGAGGUUUGGAAAUAAUGUUAAUAAUAAGAGUGAUGAAACAUGCAGAAUUGUACAGAGUCAUGCUUGAGAUGAAAAUAUCCCGGUUACAUACGUGGUACUUAAAUUUUUUUUUUUUUUUUUUUUUUUUUUUUUUUUGCUAAAUGUAGAUGCACGAAAAAAAAGGUUUUCUUUUCAAAAAAAAAAAAAAAAAAAAAAAAUGUGACUUGCUGAACUUUUGUGGUACUUUUGUUCAUAUAUUUUUCUCUCUCUCUUUUUUUUUUUGGACAUUUUUAAAAACUAAUAUUAAAAGGCGCUCCAAUCCUGAAUGCUUCUUCAGCAUAUAAACGAGGACAAAGUAUUUAUCGGACUUAGUAAAUAAAGCAAAUUAUAUGUAUUAUAAUUAACCCCUGAAACGGAUUCCAAAGAUACUUUUACUUUUUCUUUUGGUUGCAGGGAAAAGAAAUGCACAGAGCUGUUAAUGCAUUUUUUGUUUUUAAUCUACGCAAGCAAUUGAUUCAAAUGGUCCCUUUAAAGGUUUUGUCUUCAUCCUAUUUUUCUAUUCACCGCACAGGUGAAAUAAA